AUGAGCAUGUUGCGGCCAUUGAAUCUCAAACUUGGACAUCGCAUCACAAUAUUCUGCCUGCCGGGUGCCUGGACGCGCUUAUCAGCUUGUACAGGGACUCUGGGGAAGAGGAGAAUCUUCCUGAUGUUCCAACGGCACCGAUUGCUCGAGGAGGCGCCUACAUCGAUAGGGUUUUCAACUGUCGCUGGGAAGAAGAGGCGAGCAAGCGAAAGUUUCAUGGACGAUUCUACUACUAAGCGUGUCCGUGAGACCAAUUACAACUUCUCAUAG